AUGGCCCAGAACCACGAGGAUGUCGCUGUAGAGCUCCAUGAGGAGUUCUCGGAGCGCGUCCCCAACAAGCACCACGAUGCCGCCGGCGGCUACCUCCAGGAACCCGACGCCCUCUCCGUUGAGAAGAAGGAGGACCUCGAGACGGGCCUGCCCACGCCCGACGGCGACGAGCCCACCGCCCACGAGCGCGGCACCCUGCGCCGCGUCGGCGAGAGCCUGCCCGCGUCGGCCUUCCUCAUCGCCUUUGUCGAGCUGACGGAGCGCUUCACCUACUACGGCGCCCAAGGCCUCUUCCAAAACUACAUCAGCCACGACAAGCACGGCGCCGACGGCGCCAAGGGCCUCGGCAUGGGCCACCAGGCCGCCACCGGCCUCAACCUCUUCUUCCAGUGGUUCUGCUACGUCACGCCCAUCCUCGGCGCCAUCAUCUCCGACCAGUACCUCGGCAAGUACAAGACCAUCCUCAUCUUCUGCGCCGUCUACUGGGUCGGCCUGCUUAUCCUCUGGGUCACCUCGCUGCCCUCGACCCGCGACAUGGCCGGCCUCCCCGGCUACAUUGUCGCCAUCAUCAUCAUCGGCUUCGGCACCGGCGGCAUCAAGUCCAACAUUGCGCCCCUCGUCGCCGACCAGUACCAGCGCCGCCGCAUGGCCAUCCGCACCGAGGCCACCGGCGAGCGCGUCAUCAUCGACCCCGCCAUCACCUACCAGCGCAUCUACAUGGUCUUUUACUGGUGCAUCAACAUUGGCGCCCUCUCCCUCAUGGCCACGCCCUUCAUGGAGCUCUACGCCGGCUUCUGGACCGCCUUCCUCAUGUGCUUCUGCAUGUUCAACGUCGGCAUCCUCGUCCUCGUCCUCCGCCGCAAGUCGUACAUCAUCCGCCCCCCGCAGGGCUCCAUCAUCACCGACGCCUUCAAGGCCAUCGGCAUGAUGAUUGCCGGCCGCAGCACCGACGCCCCCAAGAACGCCUGGCGCGCCGCCCACGGCAAGAGCCCCGUCCACUGGGACGACCACUUUGUCGACGAGCUCAAGCGCGCCCUCCGCGCCUGCAAGGUCUUCAUGUUCUACCCCAUCUUCUGGGUCUGCUACGGCCAGUUCUCCUCCAACUUUGUCACCCAGGCCGAGCAGAUGCAGGGCCACGGCAUGCCCAACGACUUUAUGCAAAACUUUGACCCGCUCUCCAUCCUCAUCUUCACCCCGCUCCUCGACCGUCUCGUCUACCCCGUCCUCCGCAAGAUGGGCAUCGAGCUGCGCCCCAUUGCCCGCAUCACCAUUGGCUUCUGGUUCGCCGCCCUCUGCCUCGCCUACGCCGCCAUUGUCCAGCACCUCAUCUACAACGCCGGCCCCUGCUACAGCUUCCCCGGCGACAAGGACCGCUGCGCCGCCGCCGUCGGCCCGGACGGCAAGACCCUCCCCAACAAUGUCCACAUUGCCGUCCAGGUGCCUGCCUACGUCUUCAUCGGUCUUGCGGAAAUCUUCAUCUCCGUCACCGGUCUCGAGUACGCCUACACCAAGGCCCCUCCCAGCAUGAAGUCCUUUGUCCAGAGCAUCUACCUCUUCACCAACGCCUUCGGCUCGGCCAUCUCCGAGGGUCUCGUCCCCGUCUCCAAGAACCCCAAGUUUGUCUGGAUGUACUCGGGUGUCGCCAUCUCGUCCUUUAUCGCCGGCUGCGCCUGCUACAUCCUGUUCCGCCACUACGACGGCCAGGAGGAGGAUAUGUACGACCUGGACCGCGACGAGCCUCAGCUGGAGAUCGGCAACGAGGCCGAGGGUCUCCAGGCCGCCAAGGAGAAGCGUUUGGAACAGUAG